UAAUCACGAUCUCGCGGCUUUGCAUGUGCGUGCAGCCGCUACAUGAAAGUGAAGCCCAACAUUCGCGCGGAAAUCUGACAGAUUUCCCGCGUAUAAACAAUCUUUCUCGUAGUAACAAGAUCAUCGGAGGAGAAGCGUUAUCUCCUCGGAAAUUUAUUGAUGUCAAUGCAAAAUGAAUGUAACGAGUGCCGUUCAACGACGGGAGAGAGGCUAUGGAAUGACACAUGAUUAUGAUUUUGCACUUUAUCGCUUGAAAUGCUACUAUGAGGAUGUGUAUCAUGGAAUAUCUCCAAACGCAAAUGCAGUCGAUUACAAUCCCGAGCCACCAGUGUUUGCAUGUCGUUUCUGCACCACACCGGGAUAUGAGGAGAUUCUUGCUUUGGCGAAUGAGGAUGGAAAGAUUGCCUUUCAAGACACCAGAAAGACAUAUGAACACAAUGUGCCAUUGGAGGGAACACAGGCACAUUGUAACGCAAUUUUCGAUGUUGCAUGGAUGCCUGGGGAAAUGAAGCUGGUCACAGUAUCUGGGGACCACACUGCACGUUUGUGGGAUGUUGCCAGUUCUGAUAUAAAACAAAUUAAUUAUUUUCACGCGCAUACGAGAAGCGUAAAAACAGCGGUGUUCCGCGAUGAGGACAAAGCUGUCUUUGCAACGGGUGCUAGAGAUGGCUUCAUCAUGAUAUGGGAUAUCAGAGCUAGUCACAGUUGUCAGCCUAAACCAGAUAAUUGUAUCGUCAACGCGCACAGCAUAGGUGGCACAGGCAGUACGAGACGGAGAUCACACACUCAAGCGUCGCGAGCGCACAGUAUUACCGGUUUAGUGUUUCAAGAUGAUUUUACGCUAAUCUCAUGUGCCGCUGGCGAUGGUUUAUUAAAAGUGUGGGACCUGCGCAAGAAUUACACCGUCCACAAGAAAGAGCCGAUAGCCAAGCAUCUAAUGAAUUAUUCUGGGAACAGCACCAGGAACGGCUUCUCCUCACUGCUAAUAUGCCCAGCUAGAAUUACGUUGUACGCGAGCUGCAUGGAUAACGUUAUAUACGCUUAUAAUGUAUCUUCCUAUAAUCGUAAACCAGUGGCCAAGUAUUAUGGACAUCAGAAUCGCACAUAUUAUGUAAAGACAUGUUUGAGUUCCGACGGCCGUUAUCUUGCUAGCGGAUCCAGUGAUGAGCUCGCGUAUAUAUGGAAUACUAGUAAACCAGGCACAUCGCUAGUUAAGCUCUCUGGUCACACAGACGAAGUAACGUGUAUCGCGUGGUGCAGCGCAGGAGAAACUAAGAUAGUGACUUGCUCCGAUGAUGCUUGCCAUAAAAUAUGGAGGGUCGGGCUCGAGGAUGUAGAAGAAGACAAAGAGUAUGGCGAUUCGAUAAUACGCGGUCGAGCAGAAGUUGUGGACAGACUAGAAAAAAUGAGAAUACAAGAAACUACCCCAACUACACGAAACUCGAAUACUCAAGACAUCGAGACUACGCCAAGCUCGGAUGAAUACAAUUCCUGUCCUUAUCCAAGACAAGGCUCUAUCCUUACUCCAGUUAUGACUCCUGAAUCCAUGGAAGAUUAUAAUGGAAAUAAACACAAUCCUGCGAAACGUAGUUACCUGCAAAUGUCAAGAUCUGAAGGAUUUAAAUGUAUUUUAUCGCCUAUUUUCGAAAACCACGAGUCAGCGGCAAAACGAGUUCACAUAAACAAUCGUGGGAUGCGAAGAUUAUUCGAUUCGACCCCUAGUACGAGUAGAGAUUAUAAUUCGGACGAGCCCAGUACAAGCCAAUCCACAAGUAGGAAUGAAGAAGUUUUUUCGCCUACGUUAAAUCUACCAAAUUUCGUGAUAGACGGUACAGCGCCACACUUGCUUGAAAUAUCACCGCAAAAAUACAAAGAAAACGUUGAUUGGUUAACAAAAAUUAGAAAGGAAAGAUAUGAACAAAAGAAGGCAGCGUCGAGCAGUCCAAAGACUCAGUUGACACCUGGCCGACGAUCCAACAGGUCGCGCUCAACUGAGCCCCAAAAAGUCACAAAACCGACAAAAAGUGUUUCUUUAUUAGACUUCUUUAAGCCAUCCAUAGCCGUUAGUAAAGACAGCAAAAAGGAUUUACCUUCGAAUAGUGAUAAUACACCAUCAUCGAGUACAUCUUGAAAAUAGUGAAUGUUGAAUUCGAUAAUUCAGUGAACUAAAUCUUGAAAUUCUUUCGAGUUUGUUUUUUAUCAUCAACGAUUACAUUUUGAAAAUAGUACACGUUGAAUUUGGUAAUUCACGAACGAUAGGUAUUCACGAAUUGAAUUUCGAGAUUCUCUUUGGUUUUAGUUUCAGUUUCUUAUAAUAUAAAAACAGAGUCUUGAAUCCCGUUCAUUAAUAUUAUAAAAUAACUGAAACUUGCUCUUGACAUAACGCAUUUGAUAAAGAAGAAAAGACUGGUUUAUAAAAUGCUAAGAGCUUUUACCCCGAUUUACAAAAUAAUGAGGUAUCUGGUAUGUGAAAGGAGAUACAAAUCUUAGUGUCAGCUCGCAAUAACGUACCUUGCGUAAUUUUUAGAAUUAACAUUUAAGGUAACAUUUAAUUGUAAGUUGUAGAUAAAAAUACGAUUUGUCACAAAUUUUUUACACGAGGAUUGUAUUGGACAUUAUGCUAGUUCAUGAAUGUAUUAUAUACAAAUUAACAAUUGUUAUAGUUAAAAUAUUUUUGUACCCGGUAAUAAAUUAUUUUUUUUAUAAAAAA